CAAACCUUUUCAAGCCGAAGAGAUGCCCUAGCUCCUGUCCCCCUCCUCCCACACCCCACAGACGGAUCCAAAACUUCCCUCCUCACCAAACCCUUGCCCAUAGGAUUAGCGCUCUCCCACUUCUAUCCUCAACUCAGACCCUACCUUUGAGGGUUUGAGCCUCAAAUUUUGAGCCCCAAAGACCACCUCCCUCCCGACUACCCAUCCUUAACCCUAAUCACCCACUUUCAAGUCUGGACCCCAUUCUCACCCUGAAUUCCCAUCCUCAGCCCUGAAAACUCCUUUCUCGCUCCUAACACUCAUCCAUAGAUUCCACCCUAAGUGACCCUCAGACCCACACUCUCCCCCAUUUUAUGACCCAGCCCCAAACUCUCCCGAGUACCUCUCUCUCACCAUAUAUCCCUCCCUCUGCUCAGUCUGGGCCCAGGCCUUGUGCCCCUGAAGACAUGGAGUUUGUGUCUGGAUACCGGGAUGAGUUCCUGGAUUUCGCUGCCCUCCUCUUUGGCUGGUUCCGCAAGUUCGUGGCGGAGCGCGGGGCCGUGGGGACCCGCCUUGAGGGCUGCUGGCGGGAGCUGGAGGCUCAGAUCAGGAGGCUGCCCCAGGACCGCGCCCUUUGGGUGCUCCACGUCCUGCCCAACCGUAGCGUGGGCAUCAGCCUGGGGCAAGGGGCAGAGCCAGGCCCUGCACCAGGCCUGGGGGCUGCCCGGCUCCUGGGAGACGAGCCCCCACUCCACCUGCGGGACCUAAGCCCCUAUGUCAGCUUUGUCAGCCUGGAGGAAGGGGACGAGGAGGAGGAAGAGGAAGAAGGAGAGAAUGGAGAGGAGGAGGAUGCAGGCACGGAGAAAGUAGAAACAGAGGAGGAUGGGGAGCCAGCCCCUACCAGCAAGGGCUCCCCACAGGAAGCAAACCCCCCAGGGGAGGCAGAGGAGACCGAGCAGGAGGCAGGAGGUCGCGAGGUUGGCUGCCAAGAGGACAGGGCGGAGGACGAACCAGGGCCUGAGAGGAGGAAGGGACAGAGAAGUGAGGCGGCCCCCCUGCACCUUUCCUGCAUCCUACUGGUGACGGAUGAACAUGGCACCAUCUUGGGCAUUGACCUGCUGAUGGAUGGAGGGCAGGGGAGUGCAGGCAGGGGCUCAGGGACACAGAACCUGGCUCCUCGGGCCUAUGCUCUCCUCUGCCACAGCAUGGCCUGCCCCAUGGGCUCUGGAGACCCCCGAAAGCCCCGAAAGCUUACUGUGGGAGACGCCCAGCUGCAUCGGGAGCUGGAGAAUCUGGUCCCAAGGCUGAGAGUGAAGCUAGCCAAGACCCCGAUGCGGACAUGGGGUCCCCGGCCCGGCUUCACCUUUGCCUCCCUUCGGGCUCGAACCUGCCAUGUUUGUCACAGGCAUAGCUUUGAAGUGAAGCUAACCCCCUGCCCCCAGUGUGGCGCUGUCUUGUACUGCGGAGAGGCUUGUCUCCGGGCUGAUUGGAAGCGAUGCCCAGAUGAUGUGAGCCACCGAUUUUGGUGCCCAAGGCUUGCAGCCUUCAUGGAGCGGGCCGGAGAACUGGCAACUCUGCCUUUUACCUACACCGCAGAGGUGACCAGUGAAACCUUUAACAAGGAGGCCUUCCUGGCCUCACGAGGCCUCACUCGUGGCUACUGGACCCAGCUCAGCAUGCUGAUUCCAGGCUCUGGCACCCCCGGGCACCCAAGGGGCAGCACGCCAUCCCUCAGUGUUCUUCUCAAUGGAGAUCCCUACCAGCUUCUUCAGGGGCAUGGGCCUGCUCUGAUGCCUCCUGUGCCCCCAGAUCCACCCAGGGGCCUCUUUGGCUCGUGGCAGGAUUACUACACAUGGCGGGGCCUCAGCUUGGACUCCCCCAUGGCUGUGCUUCUCACCUACCCGCUGACUGUGUACUACGUCAUCACCCAUCUGGUGCCCCAGUCCUUCCCUGAGCUCAACAUCCAGAACAAACAGUCACUGAAAAUCCAUGUGGUGGAGGCUGGGAAAGAGUUCGACCUCAUCAUGGUGUUUUGGGAGCUCUUGGUCUUGCUCCCCCACGUGGCCCUGGAGCUGCAGUUUGUGGGUGACAGCCUGCCCCCUGAGAGUGACCAGCAGCAUUUUACCCUGCAGAGGGAUGACCUCGAAGUGUCUGCCCGUCCUGGUUCCGGGGUAUCAGCACGGCUCAGCUCUGGGACUAAGGAGAAGGGGGGCCGCAGGGGCCUGCAGAUCAAGGUGUCUGCACGGCCCUACCACCUGCUCCAGGGGCCCAAGCCUGACUUGGUUAUCGGAUUUAACUCUGGCUUUGGUCUAAAGGACACUUGGCUGAGCUCGCUGCCCCGGUUACAGUCCCUCCGAGUGCCGGCCUUCUUCACCGAGAGCAGCGAGUACGGCUGUGCGAUGGACGACCAGACCAUGGCGGUGGCCACGGGAGGGGGCACCAGCCCUCCACAGCCCAACCCUUUCCGCUCCCCCUUUCGCCUCAGAGCGGCGGACAACUGUAUGCCCUGGUACUGCAACGCCUUCAUCUUCCACCUGAUCUACAAGCCUCCGCAAGGGAGCUGGGCGCGCCACGCGCCAGGGCCCGCGCCCCCCGCCCCAACUCCUACCGCUCCUCCCGCCCCCGCCCGUAGGCGCCGAGGAGAAAAGAAACCUGGGCGGGGGGCCCGCCGGCGGAGGUGAGGGCGGGAAGGUAGCAGUCCACCCCCUCCCCUAACACGCCUCAGAAAGGAACACGAAACAGGCGAGGCCGAGGGGGAGGCCGGUUGGCGGAACACGAAAAGUUCCUCGACAGCUGUCCCCUCUCUUACUUGGGAUUCUGACCCUCCUGGGUAAUCCCAAACUUCUUCUAAUGUGUGUGUUGAUAAGGCAUUUUCCGGCCCCAGUAAC